GUUGUCGCGGUGUCAGUAGGUUUGUGUUUUUGAAUAGCGUGACUGGCUUUGGCUGAUCAAGUUUAGUGUAGGAUUUUCCUGUCAGUGUCUGAAAGGCAGAAGAAUCAUACUAGCAGUGUGCGUCGCGUUGCGUGGAUAUCCCCUGUUUUGUUGGCAGACAUUGUCGGAAGAUAAGACGGCCGGGCCGAGUCUCAGCAUGUGUGUCCGGGACUGAGCGCGGCGGUGAAAUACAGAUAUGUCAAGGUGACAUGACGGUUGUUGUGAUAUACUUUGUGGUGAAUAAUGGAGGGCGUCUCUCUUUUGUAGCUGAGAUAACGACUGAGUUUUGUACUGUUGGAUGUGUUGAGUGACAUGUUCAGCAUGGCCAGAGAGAGAUCGGGAGACACGUACAAGGAGUACACGACUCUACAACAGCGGCUUGACAGGCGCAAACAAGACUUAGACACGUUAAUCCAAAGGCGAGAAGCGUUUGUGAAAACGAAGGAUGACGUGACGGCAGGCAUACGUAAAACCUUUGCGAAAACCAGAGAGUUGUUGGAUUUAAAAGAGCAAAGCCUCGUAUCACAUAUCGAAAGACGGACACAGCGCGAGAUGGAGAGUCUUGAUUCCUUUAUUGCAUCUGAACGACAGGAAAUAGAAAAGCGUGAGGAGAUUUUUCAAGAUCUUGUCAAUGACUUACAGAGAAAUGAUGGCGGCGGUAACUGUGACGCUGAGAAAUUCAUACAAGAACUACGUCUAAAUGAUUUACAGCCAUUGCCGAAAGUCCCGUUCAUUGAAGCCAAGAGCCAUGAUGAAGACGUCAUUGACUGCGUUACCAGGCUCCAGAUUUGUACUGUUCGCUUUGUGGAGGACAAUGCGCCUAAUUCUAAACUUGUCAACAAGGUGUUGGUUGUUUUCGACGACGAUCCUCGUGCCUGUAAUAUUAAAGACAUCGCCGUCCUUGGGGGUGAGGUGUAUGUCGUCAUCAUGACAGACUUCGCAAACAGACGGGUGAAGGCUCUGUGUGGGGAAGGGGGAAACUUACCCCAGAGGAAGCACAAGUUGGACAUGAAGCACGGGCCGUGGGGUGUGACCAAAAUAUCUGACUUUGAAGUGGCAGUGACUGUCCCGGAGGAGAAGAAAAUUGUGUUUAUGCGCGUUCUUGACGAUAUGCAUGUGAGAAAAACUGUAAAAACCAAAAGGAAAUAUUGUGGAAUAGCAUCCCUUGCAGACGGGACCUUUGCAGUCUGUUGCGAAGACCAUCCAUCAGUGGACAUUCUGAAUAUGGAUGGUCAGUUUAUGAAAGACUUGUCGAAAUAUUACGCCUGCAUGUUCAAAGCUCCGUCGUCGAUAUGUGCCACAGCAUCGAAAAGUCUAGCUGUAACGGAUUCAGUCUUCAAGUGUGUUAUGAUAAUCAGCAAAGACGGUGAGCUCUUGACCACGAAGCCGUCAACGGCUGAUAGUUUGAAGUCGGCAGUCGCUGUUGCCUGUGACGCAUCUGGUCACGUCUUUGUUGUCGACAACGUUGAUAGUAACGUCAUCAUGGUCGACGAAGAGGUUUCCAGUGCUGUAGCAUCUGAUGUUGCGAAAGGCAAAGUGAACACGCCCACAGCUGUAGGACUUGAUAAUGCGGGUCGUUUGUACAUUGCAGAUGACAAAUUUCUUAUGGUGUUUAAAAUCACAUAUUAAACUGGAGUACAGGCACAUGUACCUUCAGAAAAACAGAAACGAUGAUAAGAUACGCUGCAACAGCCAAUGAGUGAGUGAGUGAGUUUAGUUUUACGCCGCACUCAGCAAUAUUCCAGCUAUAUGGCGGCGGUCUGUAAAUAAUCGAGUCUGCA